CUCGCGCAGGAGUCGGGGGGGGGGGUCUCUCGGGCGGACCUGAGAGGAGGCGCGAGCGCCGGCGGGGGGCUGGGGCGAGGAAACAUCGUAGGCCUCGGGGUGAAACACUCCUUUUCUCACCUAAGUCACUUGAAGUGCAAAAGCCCCAAUCAUGGAUUUUCAACAUCGCCCUGGAGGUAAAACUGGGAGUGGAGGCGUAGCCUCAUCUUCGGAAAGUAACCGAGACCGCAGAGAGAGGCUUCGGCAGCUGGCUUUGGAAACUAUUGACAUCAACAAGGAUCCUUAUUUUAUGAAAAAUCACUUGGGUUCUUAUGAAUGCAAACUCUGCCUAACGCUGCACAACAAUGAGGGAAGCUAUUUAGCACACACCCAGGGGAAAAAGCAUCAGACCAAUUUGGCUCGCCGCGCUGCCAAGGAAGCUAAAGAAGCCCCUGCACAACCUGCACCAGAAAAAGUCAAAGUGGAAGUGAAAAAGUUUGUGAAAAUUGGACGACCAGGUUAUAAAGUGACCAAACAGAGAGAUCCAGAAAUGGGCCAACAGAGCCUCCUCUUCCAGAUCGAUUACCCAGAGAUUGCUGAAACCAUCAUGCCUAGGCAUCGGUUCAUGUCUGCAUAUGAGCAAAGGAUUGAGCCCCCAGACAGACGUUGGCAAUACCUUUUGAUGGCAGCAGAGCCCUAUGAAACCAUUGCUUUCAAGGUGCCAAGCAGAGAAAUUGACAAAGCAGAAGGAAAGUUUUGGACCCACUGGAACAGAGAAACCAAACAGUUUUUCCUUCAGUUCCAUUUCAAAAUGGAGAAGCCCCCAGCUCCCCAGAGCAUCCCUCCUGGACCCCCAGCUGUGAAGAGGCCUCCACCGCCCCCACUGAUGAAUGGCUUGCCCCCACGACCACCUCUCCCGGACUCCAUGCCUCCGCCACCACCACCUCCAGGAGGCAUGACCUUGCCACCCAUGCCUCCCUCUGGACCUGUACCGCCCCCAGCACCACCUCAGCUGCCACCAGCUCCUGGGGUACAUCCUCCUGCUCCUCUGCCCCCCAUGAUGAGACCACCUCUUCCCACAGAGGGGCCAGGAACUAUUCCCCCCCCCACCUCCUUCCAACUGAAAAGCUCCUCCUGGACUCUUUUCCCAGUGGACUCCUUUUGAUUCGUGUUUAAUUACAAACCGUUAUUUGCUCAGAGGGAAAUCUUGGUCCUUUUUUAUAUGCUAAUAGCUUUGCCAGAAUCCUGUAGGUUCAUUAAAAAGCUUUCUACAUUG